GUAAGAGCACCCCUUCAACAGAGACCUCAGAGAGAGCACAAAGUGCCAAGAGAGACAGCAUGUCCUCYGGGGAGAAAGAUUCACCAGACAGCAAAGCCACUCAGGACCUACAUGACGAGGCCCCACCCAGCAAGAAAAGCAAAAUGGAGUCCUCAUCUCAGGACUUUGAGGAGAGUUAAAAGUUUUGGGCAAUCAUUUCUUUCCUCUCCCUCCUGUUUAUUUCCCUUUGUCCUUCUGUACCUCAUUCCAUUAACUCUAAAUAAUUUAGGGCUAAUGGA